UCCUCAGGUACAGAAGCAUCCUUUCUCAUUUUCAUGGGGAUGGCAGAUCCCUGGAGCAGCUAAAAUGUGCCAUGUCCUCAAUCCUAGAGAUCUGGCUCGAAUUCUAUUCCACUGAUUUCCACGAACCUCCUGAAUUUCAUUGUUUGAAGUCUCUGCUGGCCUAUGUACAUGUCUAUAUGACUGGUUCAGAUGUGGAGCUCAUGGCUGAUCUUCUUCUGGCACAGCUGGAAAAGCUGGAGCAUCUGGAGCCCAUUCCAGUUUCUGCCAAGGCUGAACAACUGUCCCAAGAGCUAAGGCCAUCUUCAGCUCCAGCUCCAGCUCCACUGCGAGAGAAAGAGCAGGAUCAAGAUCCUGAGCCUGAGCCAGAGGAAGAAUAAGAUCCUGAGCAAGAGCAAGAGCUAGACAGAGCCAGAGGAAGCUCACCUAACCACCCCUAAAACAUCCA